UUGUCACGUGACAGGCUUGUCUCGAGUGACUCACGCACACUUACAAGCACGCGUACGUACACACUCAGAGCAGUACCGAGGAAGACUCGCCUCACACCCGUCGAUUGGUUUCUUGUGCUGUAUUAUGAUUACUCCUCCGGUACCAGAGGGGGCAACAGAGGACACUGCGCUGUCACAUCACCAAGGAUCACUGAAUACCAAAAUGGCGAGCCGCGAGAAGGAUCUUGAAGAAGAAAUUUACGACAAGGUCGUAGAUCUGACAGAGUAUGCCAAGCGUCAACGAUGGUGGAACCGUGUGUUCGGAAAAAACAGCGGCCCUAUCGCCGCGAAAUAUUCAGUUGCCACUCAGAUUGCCUUAGGUGGAGCUAGUGGAUGGUGUGCAGGAUAUCUCUGUCAGAAGGUUGGAAAGGUUGCUGCUACGGCCGUAGGAGGAGGUCUUCUUUUGUUGCAGAUUGCCAAUAAUACGGGAUACAUUCAAGUAGACUGGAAGCGAGUAGAGAAGGAUGUCGACAAAGCCAAAAGACAGUUAAAGAAGAAUACAGACAAAGCUGUGCCAGAACUUAACACAUUUAUGGAGAAGUCCACAGAUUUUGUGAAGAAAAACAUUGUUGUCACCAGCGGUUUCGUCGGUGGAUUCCUGCUGGGCCUAGCGUCCUAAAAGCUGUCUAUCUACCUUUUGUGCCCAAGAAAUGCAAUACGGCCGUUCCAUGGUCUGACAGCAAGCAACCAUCGUCAGAACACCAUGUAGUUAUGUGCUUCUACAUUAGCUGCAUGUCCCUUUGAAUCAUCUCAAGCAUCUACUCUGCAAUAGGGAUUAAUGAAUAAUGAACAUAUCAAAAAAUAAUGUACACUCCAUCUUAUCACAAUAUCUAUACUAAUUGUGAAGGGCAAGGCCAUGGGGAAAAUUCAAACUGAACAUCAGGUAAAACCUUUGUUGUCAUGGUUAAUCUAAAUAUACCACAUGGAGAUUUCAUUCAUCAGCACUUAACCCAAACUCCAAAGACAAUCUCUUUUCAAAUUAACCAAAUUGCACAUAAACAUAAAAGCUAAUUAUAUAUUAACAGCGGAAACAAACCCAUAUGUUAUUCAGUGGCCAUAUGUAAACACCCUGUUCAUUUCUGACAAAACAUCAUGAUCAAUGUUACUUCCAGCGUUUUGUGAAUAAUAAGUGUAUUUAAAUAUAUAUCUAUUUUUUAAGCAGCUAUCAUAUUGACUGCUGUUUUGACCUGAAGAACUAAAAUGCUGCAAUUGUCCCACUGGUAUUCCAGUAAUGUCGGUGUUAUAAUGGACAAAAAAUCACUCUAUUAGGUUGUGUCAAAGUAAGACAUGUAAUGAUGUAUUCCCUUUAUGAGAGCUGUAUUAAGUUUCAUACAUAUUAUAUAUUGAAUAAUAUGGAGGCUUAAGAUUAUAUUUGCCUAUAAGGCCAGCCUGAUUUAUUUAUAGUUGGUCAUAUUGCCUCAAUGCUAUGCUUCACGUGUUGAAGGUUGAAAGUGUAUUUUGUAGAACAUGAAUGAAAUAAUUAAAGUUUCCAAUGUA